AGAGUUGAAUUUGUAAAUACAUUUAUCAUAAUCAAGCCCGAGGGCAUUAAUUGAUUGUAUAUAGUGUCUUUAUAUAAUAAUUUUCAUUACAUACCCACACACACACAUCUUGCUCUUCUAGUCAGUAUAUUUCCACUCUUACAGCUUAGCACACCCCCUUGUGUAACUCGAGCUAUUUCUUAUCUUAUGCUAUGUUUUCGUUUCUGCUUGUGUAUAAAAUAAACUUCGUAUGGGAACAGUCUUUGUAGCUCGCACUAAUGUGUCUUGUUACACUGUGCUGUUACCCUUGCAAGUAAAAAGUUACAGUCUCCGUGUCUUUCUGGUUCGGUGAAUAUCUUCAUAUGAUAUGUGGGAGCUCUCAGCGGAGCUACACUCUGACAUAUAACUUGGUCCUUCGAGCCGGAUCCGAGGAUUCCUUCCCGACGUCGAGGAGAGCCGACACCGAAGUCUGUCGACAGCGAUCGUCGCCAAGCAGCGAGAUCUGAAAAUCCUGGGACGUGAAUUCGUGGCCAGGUCGGUGAAAGGAAAAGCGGUCCCUCGGCGCUGGGUGUGAAUCCAAGGAUCCGAUCCAGGAAGUGACACCGAUCAGAACCACGGAAGCUCCAGCCUGGAGACUGGGUCCUGAUCAGAGUCCUGAGGAGAAAGAAUUGGAAGUCGCCUCGGUGGGAAGGGCCGUAUCAAAUACUGCUGACGACACCCACGGCAAUAAAAAUUGCUGAACGGCCCUCGUGGAUCCACCAAUCGCACUGUAAGCUGAUACGACUGGAAGCCGAGCCAGAUCAACCGACGGGGUAGCGGUGGAAGUCCGAUACAAAGGGGUCAGUAGCACAAUAGGGUGCUGACGUCUCAAUCCGGUGAAGAACCCAACUAAUCCGCGCCCAACUUUAGAAUGGCUCUCUGGCGACUUCUGCUAGUCGCAGGGGUGACUUUGUCACUCCUGUGGCUCCUCUUCCUCUCUCUCUCCUCUACAGGAACUCACAGGACUAAAAGGACCCAUGAACACUCCAUGGCAGCGACUUGGGAACAGAACUUCUGGUAUAAAGCUAUGAAUUUUACAGCACGACAGAAUAAUGUCACCAAUUGCUACGUGUGCUCACAAUUACCUCAUCAUGUUACACAUCAGACCAUUUUCACUCCUAUAGGACUUAAUAAAUCAGAAACAAUGUGUAUAUUUGGUGAAAGUACACUCAGAAUGCUAAAAAAUUUCACUGGUAACAUGUCAUACUGGUUUCCAAAUUGUACUAUUCAUGAGGAAAAAUGGCUGGAUCCCACUAAUUUUUCACAGGCUACGAACACCACAUUAGGUGUAGGAAUUGCACCAUUACGAACUAACAUUCCUUUCCCAUUGUGUCUCCAACGCACCUGUGGCGAUAUGUACAGGCAUCACUUACCAGGAACACCUAAUUGCAUCCAUAUAAUAUCACUUUCCAGUAACUCGUCUGCUAUCUUAUCAUCAGUUCCCUUUGUUGCAGGAUUUAACACAUCUUGGUGGUUUUCUGAAGAUAAAUAUAGGACUGGAAGAAACAUAACAACCUUUAAUCUCGGACCAAAAAUCUCCACUCCACCCGAAAUGAUGUGGCAAUGUGGAGGACUUCUUUAUUGGUAUUUGCCAUUUGAUUGGUGCGGUACUUGUACCUUAGUUCAUUUGCAACCUGCUGUAAUUGUCAUUACUGACCAACAAUUGGAGAACAGGACAUAUAUACACACACACCGAAUCCAAAGCCGUGAAACUAAAGAAGAACAACAACCUGCUUUCAGUAAACCAAAACGUUUUCUCAUGUCUUUAGUUCCUUCAUAUGGUACAUCAAGAUUAUCCGCAAGUGUAAAUAAACUUUGGUUUUCUCUUAAUAAUCUCACUAACGCACUAAUUGACAUAACUGAUCAGCUAGAAAACGAUCCCGAACUUAAGGCUAUCAAACAAAUGACACUCCAAAACAGAAUAGCUUUAGACCUUCUUUUAGCAGCACAAGGAGGAGUUUGUGAAGUUGUUAAUGACCAUUGUUGUACAUACAUCCCUGAUCACAAAGGCAAUUACACUUUAAUCAGACAGAAAUUGGAUGAGAUUAAAAUAGACAUUUUAAGAAACCAAGACAAAGGUAUUUUUCCAGGCUGGGAUUUUACCUCUUGGUUUACAUCUGGUGGUAUUUUUCAGACUAUUAAAAGAUUUGUAGUUAUAAGUAUAUGCAUUUUGUUACUAUUUUGCAUUUUUGCUACCUGCAUUUUACCAUGUUUGAGAUCCAUGAUUUCUAAAAUGAUAACUACUUCUAUUAUUGCUUAUGCUGCACUUGAAAUGGAAGAACCACAAUGUGACUCUAAUGAUGAGAAUGAUGAUGUUGAAGUGUAGUUUAAUGAUGUGACAGCAGAAAAUGUUUUUACAAGAUGUUGUUAACUGAGCUUCACACUUCUUGAUCAUGAUAAACAGGAGGGAAUGUUAGAGUUGAAUUUGUAAAUACAUUUAUCAUAAUCAAGCCCGAGGGCAUUAAUUGAUUGUAUAUAGUGUCUUUAUAUAAUAAUUUUCAUUACAUACCCACACACACACAUCUUGCUCUUCUAGUCAGUAUAUUUCCACUCUUACAGCUUAGCACACCCCCUUGUGUAACUCGAGCUAUUUCUUAUCUUAUGCUAUGUUUUCGUUUCUGCUUGUGUAUAAAAUAAACUUCGUAUGGGAACAGUCUUUGUAGCUCGCACUAAUGUGUCUUGUUACACUGUGCUGUUACCCUUGCAAGUAAAAAGUUACAGUCUCCGUGUCUUUCUGGUUCGGUGAAUAUCUUCAUAUGAUAUGUGGGAGCUCUCAGCGGAGCUACACUCUGACAGACACGGUAGAUCAACCGU